GAAGAUACAGCAUCAUCUAUCUAUCUAUCAUUCUUUUAAAAGAGUAAACAACCAUUGACACGAUGGACGAUUCCAGCCGCCGAAAGAGCACUCGUCGUGGGUCUGCUGCCUUUCUCAUGUUCAAGGAUUUGGAGUGCAAGGAAGAGAUGCAAAAAGUUCGUUUGGCUGGAUUCCUUCGAGAACUGCACAAGUUGGCCAUUGAAGAGAACAAGGAGAAGGUACGAGAGUCUCUCAAUGAAACGGUCCAUUCGACAACUACCGCCCAAAGCACGGCGGAUGCUCCCACGGAUGGUUCGAUAUCCUUGAAAGACGUCGAAUUGGCCGAGUUGACACCCCCUCAAGCCAACGCCAAAAUUGAAGCGUUGCAUGGUGGUGAAAAAUUCGAUUCGGAUAGUUUGAUUCAUUUGAUUCAGGAGUCUGUCAAGUGUCUGGGCGAUGAAGAAACCGUGGUGGAUCUGCGUGCUUUGGAACCCAAACCGCAAAAGCUCACCGUCGUGGGAGAUUUGCACGGCAGUCUGGCGUGUCUUCAAAAUGUCCUGAAACUCGUGGAUAUGAAUGAAAUCACGGCCACUGGAUCGGAGAGUACCCGUGUGGUGGUAUUCGAUGGCGACUUUGUCGACCGAGGAGAGCACAGUUUGGAAGUAUUGGCUACCCUUUUGCUACUCAAAUUGUCCCAUCCCACCAAUGUCUUUUUAUUGCGUGGAAAUCACGAGGAUAGCAUGACCGCAUCGACGUACGGAUUCCGUGAGGAAAUUGAAGACAAGUACGGCUACGAAAAAGCCGAUGAUAUUUGGUACGAAUUUGGAUUCCUCUUUGCAUCGUUUCCCAUUAUUGCCCGAUCCGAGACGGCGGCCAUUAUGCACGGAGGGAUCCCCAUGGAAGAAUUCGACCUCGAUGUGGUGAAUGAAAUUGGAAAAGAACUCCGCUGUGAAUUAAAAACAGUGGUCGAUCCCUAUGACGACGACGAACGUUUGAUUCAAGGCAUUAUCUGGUCCGAUCCCAGCGCCGAAGAUGGAAUCAAUUUCAGUGAUCGCGGUGCUGGAUUUCAGUUUGGACCCGAUAUUAUUGACGAUUUCUUGGAGCGCCACGAACUAAAGUACCUUAUCCGUGCCCACGAACCCUUUGAAGAUGGAUUCAAUCAUCAAGAUAUCGAUGAAGGAGGACGUGGUGUCAUUACCGUUUUUUCCACGGCCAACUACCCCGAUGGAGAAGGAACCAACCGAGGUGCCGUCCUUCAUUUGGACGAAGAAACCAAAGAAUUCGAAACUGUGAGUUUCGAAUUCCAAGAAAAAUCCGGUGGUGGAGCCAAACCGUAUGAAGUCAUGCUCAAGUCCUUUGUCGAUGACAACAAGAGCAAGCUCACCAAGGCAUUCCGUGAAGCUCAAGACGACAAUGGUAUGGUCUCCAUAGGACAGUGGAAGGACAUUGUGGCGGAAACCCUCGAACUACCCGAUGUCCCAUGGUCGGAUUUGCAACCCGAACUGGCUCCCACCACCGAACCCGAAGGAACCGAGAUUGAUUGGCAGGCAUUCCUCAACAAAGUCAGCACCAAAAUCCCCAAGACGGAAUCCUUGGCGGAAGAUCAGUUGUCCCUUUUGCACGAACACAAGGAUAAGUUCCUCAAUAUCUUCCAAAUUUUGGAUACCGAUGGAUCCGGUACAAUCGACGCAGAAGAGUUCACCUCGGGAAUCAAGAUGCUCAACGACGAAAUUGGAGAAGGAGGUGAAAAGAUGCAAAAUUUUGCCGACCUGUUCAGCGCUUUCGAUAUCGAUGGCGACGGCGAGAUUUCCAUUGAGGAAUUUGUAAACGCGUUGAACAACUCGGCAACUCUCAAGGGAGUCACCGAUGCACUCGACUCGAAUCAAGUCGAAGCACUGCAACAAAACCAUGAAAUGCUCCUGGUCGCCUUCAAAUACUUGGAUACGGAUCACAGUGGCGCUAUUGACCGUGAAGAGUUUCAGAGAGGCAUUGAGUUGUUGAACAAGCGAUUGGCAGAUCGACACCAAGUUGGGGAUCCCAUGGCGUUGUUUGACUUGUUGGAUAUGGACGGAAACGGGGAAAUUGAUCUCAACGAGUUCAAUCAAAUGUUCCGAGUCCUCUAAAUUGAUGCUUUGGCUAGAUAAGGCUAGAAAGCACCUUCAGAACCCGGCAACAUCGUUGCCCUCACGCAAAGUUUAAUAUCACACAAGAGCAUAAUCAUACGAUCUGUUUGUCCAUUCUAUAACUAUAACUAUAUUACUAUGAUUGAUCUUUGUUGUUUUAUCACUUUUCACAUCAUGGCACCGCAUAUCAGCUAAGGCCCAGCUCACCAAGCCAAGGAUUGGUAGGAAAUUUGAAACCUUGUCGUCCCAAAACCAGAUCCCUCGAGUCCUACCGUCCGUACCAAACCUUGGCCCACUUUCCUCUCCCAAUCCCCCUCCUGGCUUUGAUGCUUUUACCUCUGGAGCCGUACCGCUGGCUAAAAAUAGUCCGUCCAUCCAACACAGGCUAUUCUACGGAAUGCGCAAAGGAGGCGGCCCACUGGGCGUGAUUUUCGGUUCGGGCGGAGAAACGGAAAAUUUGGGUUUCUCCGAACGGCCGACACAUCCGCUGCGAAGCGAAGGCAAAAGCGCAAACUAGCAAACCUCACAAAUUUAGCAACUCAAA